AUGGCUCAGCAAGACGUUCAAAAUGGCGUGUCGGAAAAUGUCGCUGCGGCGGUGUCGUUUCUCGCUGUUAAACCGCAGCUCUUUGUUGAAGCUCCCAAAGCCAACGACGCCGUUUUGUUCUACAAGACCGCGUUUGGCGCUGAAGAAGUUACCCGUGCGCUGAACCCUAAGCGCAAAGCGGAUCACGAGCUUCCUCUCAUACUCUCUGCUGAGCUCAGAAUCGCUGGCUCCUCCAUUCUCGUUGCUGACCUCGUUGAUGACUCCGCUUCACCAGCGAAGGCUGGUGGAAACGGUGUCGUUUUGUGCUUGGAAACUGAAGACGUUGAAGGGGCCGUGGCGAAAGCUGUGAAGGCUGGGGCAGUUGCGGAGGGUGAAGUGGCGGAAGGUGAAGGCGCGUGUUGCGGUGGGCGCGUGGGGAAGGUUAAGGAUCCUUAUGGUUUUGUCUGGCUUUUUUGUUCUCCAGCGAAGGAAUGUGUUGACGUGGAGGCUUAA